UCCGCCCGCCUGGACCCCCUCGGCCCGACCCGGGGGCGCAGUGCCGCGUGGGAGAUGAUCGCCGCGGUGCUCGGCGGCGUCCUCGCGGGGCUGCUGGCCCUGCGCGUCUACCAGCGGCUCGCGCACCCCUUCCUCUGGGCGGACGUGGUCUACUACUGCAAGCUGCGGAGCUACGGCAAGACGCUGCGGGCGCGAAUGCAGCGCGGGAUCGUGUCCUACCUCGACUGCUUCCUCCACCAGGCGAAGGAGAACCCCCACAAGCCCUUCGUCGUCUUCGAAAACCAGACGCUGACGUACCGCGACGCGGAGCGGAGAAGCAACCGGUUCGCGAACGCCUUCGGGUCGGAGGGCUUCGCGAAACGAGGCGACGUCGUGGCGCUGUUGAUGUUCAACGAGCCGGACUUCAUUUGCGCCUGGUUGGGGCUGUGCAAAGCGGGCUGCCAGGUGGCCUUCCUCAACGCCGGCGCCAAGGCUCCGUCUCUGCGCGCCUGCCUCCGCAGCUGCGGGGCCAGGACGCUCGUCGUGGGCGCAGAUUUGGCCGGUUUGGUGAACGAAGCGUGGCCUGAUCUGAAGGAGGACAACGUGGCCGUGUGGGUGAUGGAUCACACGUCACCUUCUGAGGAGUUCAACUCUUUGCUAGAUAAGGUGGAAAAAAUGCCUGGAGAAUGCUUAAGUGAUCUUCCCAAAGUGGACAUCAUGUCAAACUUUGUCUUCAUUUUUACUUCGGGCACCACAGGUCUGUCCAAAGCAGCCCGGGUGGGUCACAUGAAAGCCAUUGUGAGCAUGUCCUUCCUUCAUAUGUGUGGAGGCCGGUCCGACGACGUCAUCUACAUCACCCUUCCGCUCUACCACAUGUCCGCUUCCCUUCUGGGGAUCGGCGGAUGCAUACACCUUGGUGCAACAUGUGUGUUGAGAAGGAAGUUUUCUGCCAGUCAGUUCUGGAAGGACUGCGUGAAACACAAUGUGACGGUGGUGCAGUACAUCGGCGAGUUGUGUCGAUACCUGCUCAACCAUCCCCCGGUUCCGGAGGAGAAGACCCACCGUGUCCGGCUGGCGGCAGGAAGUGGUCUCAGGUCAGACGUCUGGAGGGAGUUUGUCCAGCGCUUCGGUCGGAUCAAGAUCAGAGAAGGUUACGGCUUAACGGAGGCCAGCAUCGGCUUCCUCAACUACACCGACGAGGUCGGACCAAUCGGAAGGGCCAGCUAUUUCAACAAGCUUUCUAUGCCCUUCGAGCUCCUGAGAUACGAUCCUCAGACAUACGAGCCAGUCCGCACACCCUCUGGGAGAUGCACACGAGCGCCGACCGGGGAGGCAGGGAUCCUGGUGGCUCCUCUGACUGCUAUGAACCAGUUCUUGGGUUACGCCGGGAACAAAGUCCAGUCUGAGAAGAAGCUGCUCAGGGGCGUGUUCAAAGCUGGAGACGUGUAUUUCAACACUGGGGACCUCCUGAUGCACGACCACCGGGACUUUCUCUACUUCCGUGACCGCGUUGGAGACACCUUCAGGUGGAAAGGAGAGAACGUUUCCACCACCGAGGUGUCAGAGGUUUUCGGUCCUCUUGAUUUCAUCCAGGAGGCCAACGUCUACGGAGUCUCCAUCCCAGGAUGUGAAGGUCGGGCAGGAAUGGCCGCUGUCGUCUUGAGACCGGAUCACGAGUUCGAUGGACCAACACUCUAUAAGCACUUGUUAAAAACCCUCCCUGCGUACGCCUGGCCGUGGUUUCUCCGGGUCCAGACGUCUCUGGACGUGACCGAGACCUUCAAGCAGCAGAAGGGGAAGCUGGUCCAGGAGGGUUUUGAUCCAGAGGUUUCCAAGGAUCCACUGUAUUUUUUAGAUGUCUCCCAGAAGGAUUAUAUUCCUCUAACUGCAUGUCUCUAUUGCGACAUUGUGAAUGGAAAAAUCAAUUUAUAAACACCUUCCAUUAAUCCCCAUUUCUAAAAAAUGUUUGAUUUUACAGUCCAUUCAAUUUAGAAUGCUACAUGUUUCUUAUUUUCGGCAGGGUUUGGCUACGGUGCCUCGCAGCUGCAGGCCGUCUUCAAGCUUUACCGCAGGUUGAGCAGUUAGAGAGAAACUUAGAAUUGUCAAGUGAAUGGAUUUAAAAUCUCGCUGAUGUUUGAUGAUGAUGAUGAAGAAUCCAAAUUGUGAGACUCCCCCGUUAACCGGGUCCAUUUUCUGAUUUCUUCACUUACAACCCGGUUUUCCUAACUGUAUUUCAAUCCAUAAAAACCAAGGACCAAGUCUGGACCACCACCUCACAGUUCGCCUUCUUCAGGGAGCUGUUUUUUUUUUUUUUUUUUGUUUUUUUUUUUUUUUUCUCAAUGAUUCAAUAUGGUAGAUCAGCUCCUCACAAAUAUAUAUAACAAGAAACUCUAUUUAGUUCCUUGUUGAAAGAGGAUUCAAACUAUUUUGACCUAUAAAACCGCAUUCUUCUUUAGUUACGUGGUCAGUGUGUUUUCAAACCGCCUCUACUGAGCUCGACUCAGUAGUAGAGAAGAGGGCUUCUAUUCUCUGUUUGACUAGAGUCUGUUUCAAUGAGCUGCUCAUGCAAACUCAACAUAUUCAGUACUAAUAUUCUCACCACUCUGAGGCUCGCUUUGCCUUUUUACAGAAACAAUGUUUAUACAUAUACAAUCCAUAUUUCCAUUUCUACACAGCCUGCAAACGAGACGUUGCAUAGAUAUGACAAUUUGUCAAGUUAAUAAACUAUUUUGUAUGUUUUUUUUUUAUCCAAAGCGACUUACAUUGCAUUUUUAACCCAUGGCUUACAUUUGGCCCGGGGAGCAAUUAGGCGUUAGGUGUCUUGCUCAGAGACACUUCGACAUGGAGCAGGCGGGGUUCAAACCACCAACCUUUAGGGUUCCAGUAUUCCCUCUCUACUCCAUGCGUCGCCCCCAUGACAGGACUGUUGUACAACGAUGGAGUUAGAAUUACUUUUUUGUUUCGUGCCGAGACAUUUUGGUGAAUUCAUGCCACUUGCCUAUUAAAUUGACUUCAGUAUUAAUUAUAUUGAAGUUUAAAGAGAUAAACUGUUCUCUACAUAAAAGCGUUUAUGCAGCAAGUUUAAAACUUUGAAACGUUGUAAAAAGAAACUUUUUACACCCCAACGUGGACAGUUUGUUUUCUUCUUGUUUUGUAAGUGAAUAUCUUUAAUUUGAACAUUUUUUAAAUUAACCUGUGAUUAUUGGACUUGAGUCUGCAACUUGAGAUACAUUCACAAACUUUGGAUUACAGAAAUGUCUGUCUGAGAGGAAAUGUUUCAAUAUUUCAAGUCAAAUUUCCCCAUGUGCUCCAUCUUUUGAUAAGGGACAUAAUUGAUCAGUUAAAUCUUAAUAUAGCUGCUCAGUUGAUAAAAUACUAAAAACUAAUACUGUAAACAUUAACCAUAAUAGAAAUGAUGUUUGUAUAAGGUAUAUUUUAUUGGACAUGUAGAUGAAUUGCUGUAUGACAUUUUUACAAAAUGAAAUAAACUAAUAAUAACACAUCUAA